AUGGCUCCCAAGGGAAAGUCUUUUGGUGGUGUGAAACGAAGAGCACCUGGAGGGAAAGGUGGUAAACCAGUCAAGAAGAGAACCUAUGGUCCCAAGUUUCACGAUGCCAGACUUGCAGAAAUUGAUGAGUCGGAAAGUGAGGUUUCUGAAGAUGCUCCCCUUUCUGACGAGGACUCCGAGUUGGAGGAUGAUGAGGAUGAGUCCGAGGAUGAGGACAAGGGCGCAUCAAGUAAACCAUACUUGACUCUGAUGCAAAGUUUGGCCAAGGAGCGAGGACCUCAGACCAAGAGAAGAAAACUCGACUCAUCGUCAAAAAUGGAACCAGCAGACCAGCAAGACUCGGAUGAUGAAGUCGAUGCAACAGCGGCGGAAGAUUUGGACUUGGUGGAGGAACCAGAAGAAGACCCAGCAGACGAAUUGCCAGAUGACGAUGCAGAUUCUGAUAAUGAGGUGCCGGACGAUAACGAUCCAUUUGAGUCACACUUUGCCCAUCCAGACGACGCUGAGGUGUCGAAGAAGCUCAAGUCGAUACAAGCAAAGGAAUUAUCAACAAGCCAGGUCGAGCUGAACAAGCUGAGACUAACGAGGGUCUUGCCUGGUAAAGAUGCUGGAAAGACAACUCGUCCGCUUUCUACACUCUCGACGACUACAGAUCUGAAGCUAAAACAGAGAGUGGGAGAAGCCGCUUCCAAACGCCCAACCUUGGACAAGCUCGAGCAAGUAUUAUACCCAAUCACAUUCGGAUACAGCGACCUGCUGUUUUGUGGAAGGACGCCAAAAAACGCCGAGAGUAUACGCCAAAUGGCUAGCUUGCACGCGAUCAAUCAUGUUUACAAAACUAGAGAUCGCGUUAUCAAAAACAAUGCUAAGCUGGCCAAGGAGGGCGAAGAUACUGAAUUCGAACCCAGGGAUCAGGGAUUCACGCGCCCCAAGGUCUUGAUGCUGCUCCCAACCCGACAAUCUGCCGUAAAGAUGGUCAACACCAUCUGCCGCAUCUGCGAACCAGACCAACAAGAACACCGCAAGCGUUUCGACGAAUCUUACCAAGACAAUGAUGGCAAAUUUACUUCCGAUCGCCCAGAGGAUUUCCGUGACCUUUUUGAGGGCAACGAUGAUGAUAUGUUUCGACUUGGUAUCAAGUUCACACGCAAGACGAUCAAGUACUUUUCGCAAUUCUAUAACUCUGAUAUCCUGCUUGCCAGUCCGCUGGGCCUGCGUAUGGCCAUUGGCUCUGAUGAGAACAAGGACAAGAAGAAGAAGCUCGACUACGACUACCUUUCCUCCAUUGAAGUUGUGAUCGUUGAUCAGGCCGACGCACUGUUGAUGCAAAAUUGGGAACACAUUGAAUUCAUUUUCGAGCAUCUCAAUCUUCAGCCCAAGGAGGCCCAUGGCUGCGAUUUCAGCAGGGUACGAGAGUGGUACCUUGAAAAACAGGCUGCAAACUAUCGCCAAACUCUCAUCUUCUCGGCCUUUAAUACUCCAGAAUUGUCAGAAUUACAUAGGUCAUGUGAGAAUUGGGCUGGUCGUGUAAGGGUCCAGCCUGAAUAUCAGGGCACCAUUCAGGAAUUGGGCGUCAAGGCGAAGCAGACCUUUUCCCGCUUCGAAACUUCAUCCAUUGCCAAUGAACCUGAUGCGCGGUUUGAGUACUUCACAUCCGCCAUCGUGCCCAACUUGGUCAAGCGAAUCAAGGACAGCCAUGGCACUCUCAUCUUUGUCCCGUCGUAUCUCGACUUUGUGAGAGUUCGAAACUACUUUGCCACGAACGAUGCCGUCGCAAACCUCACUUUUGGCACCAUCUCCGAGUAUGCAGACAUCCCUGAAGCCUCACGGGCGCGCUCGCAUUUCUUGAACGGACGGCACAAGGUCCUGCUUUACACAGAGCGUGCACACCAUUUCAGACGUUACAUGCUCAACGGCGUGCGGCGCGUCAUCUUUUACGGACUCCCGGAUAACCCAAUCUUUUAUAGAGAGAUUGCUGGUGGAUAUCUCGCCAAGAGCGAGCAAGACGCAAAGCUCGAGCCUGGAGCUGGCACCAUCCGAGUCGUCUUUAGCAAGUAUGACUUGCUCAAGCUCGAAAGAGUUGUGGGAAGCAAGAGAGUUGGCAAGAUGAUCCGGGACCGUGGUGACACGUUUGACUUUGUUUAG